CUGAUGAGGACUGGACACACAACCCAUUAUCUACUUCACAAACUCAUUUCUUCCACAUUUUUAAGUUAUACUAUUUUUUAAUUGUCGCCCAAAAUUGGAACUUAUCGUUAUUUUUUACCUUGUUUACGUCUGAAUCUUUAUUUGUCAUGUAUUUUUGUUCAAAAAGCCGUCUGAUCUGUUAAAUAUGUGUGAAAGUAUCCAAUUACAGAGAACUAGGAUUCUUCAUGGUGAAACACUUUUGAAAUGACAGAUUAUCGUCGAACGUCGACCGCAAAGGGUUGGGUAUUGUGACUCCAAGUGUAGGUUCGGUGUUCUCCGGGUCUAGGUCCGACCUCUGGGAGCUAGAGGAGAAGGAGAGGGAUGUUUAUGUAGUAAGUAACGGAGAGAGCAGAGGAUGGAUAGUGAGUCCCAGACUAAGGUUGACCCAAGGAAACAGGCCUUGUUGGAGGCCAGGUUCUUCGGGACAGCUGGACGCGAGGAUAUCGAGUUUGAUCAUGAUAUAACUGAUAUAUCACCGAACUCUCAACCAUUCAUUCCGAUUCCUCCGACCCUGCCAGCUCAUCUUCAGGGACCUCCUGGACUUCAAGGAGUUCCAGGGCUACAGGGAGUUCAAGGUUUCCAAGGAGUUCAAGGAGUUCAAGCUCCCUCUUCUCCGCAACAUGUUCCUCGUCCCACACUUCCUGGAAUAGGUCGAGGGACCCAGAGUUUACCCCCCACUGCUGCACGCCCAAUGCCCCCCUCCCCUAUCAUGAAGGAUCCUAAGCGUAUGAGGAAGGAGUCCGGAGCCAGGUUCGACCUGACCGAGGUCAACAAGGUCGGGUUGCAGAAGUUCCUUCCUGACGGAGAUCAUUCCAAUCCUUUGAUUAACAUGUCCUCUACCUUCAGCCAAGAUUCUAAUCAAAGUACAGGCUCGAUAGCGUCCGAUGACGGAAAAAGUGCCCAGGAUCCUUCUCCGGAUAAAACUCCUAACGCUAAAACUCCGAAGGAGCGGAAACGAAAACGCAAAAACGGCGAUGACAGUGAGGUGUCACAGUCCUCUAAACCAGGCCGUAAAACAAGUGAUAAUAACCGGACAAUUAAUGACUAUUUCGGCAAGCCGACGAGUUCGCCUGGACGAGGGCCCAGUGGGGCUAAAUCUCCUUCUCCUAACUCAAACCAAUUUUUACCAUGCUCCCCUCAACCUACUUUUAUGUCGGGAAUGGGGGACUUUAGGAUGCAGCCGCCGGCGCCGCGACCCGGUCAACAACCCGUGCCCCGUGGACCGGGGGUGGUUAAGGCGACCCAGACCGAUCUAACGGUGGAUAAGGUUGAGGAACUCGAAACUCGAAGCUCGGCUGAGAUCGAGGUUCAAGGCGCUAAGAUUGAUGAGUUGACCCGAAGACUCGCUUCUGCGCAGAAAACUAUUGAUAGUCAGAAGGAAACCAUCAGCCGUUGUCUCAGUGUUGCCAAGGAACUACUGAUUGAAAAAUCCACGAUAGAACGCAAAGACGCAAGAGCUAAAUGUAUGGCGAACCGGCUUCGUCUUGGUCAGUUUGUAACUCAACGUGUCGGGGCAAGUUUUCAAGAAAAUUGGACUGACGGAUACGCGUUCCAGGAGCUUGCCAAAAAGCAGGAGGAAAUUUGUACAGAGCGGGAGGAGAUUGAUAAACGGAAAAAGUUGCUUGUCAAAAAGAAACCGGUUGAUAAGGAGGAUGGGCGAAAAAAGGGCGGAGCCGCAACAGCCAACAAUGCGAACCAUCAAUCCUUGGAUCAGCAGCAGAUGGGUCUUCACAACGGAGCAGGUUCGGAGGAAACUACUUUUAUAAAACCUCCACCGAGGGAUGCGCUCACAAUGCAGGAAUAUUACGAAGCUGAAGAAAUUCUUCGGUUACGGCAAAACUCUCUUAAACGAGAUGAUGCAGAGAUGGCCAUAGAGAUGGAGAAACUUGAGAGGGAGCGGAAUCUCCACAUCAGAGAGCUCAAGAGGAUCCACAAUGAGGAUCAGAGCAGAUACAACAACCAUUUGGUCCUUAACGAUCGGUAUCUACUUCUAAUGCUGUUGGGGAAAGGUGGGUUCUCUGAAGUGCAUAAAGGAUUCGACAUGAAGGAACAGAGAUAUGUCGCAUGUAAAAUACAUCAGCUUAACAAGGAUUGGAAGGAUGACAAAAAGGCAAACUAUAUCAAGCACGCGCUCAGAGAAUACAAUAUUCACAAGGCGCUAGAGCAUGCACGGAUCGUGAAUCUGUUCGACGUUUUUGAGAUCGACGCCAACAGUUUCUGCACCGUGUUGGAGUACUGUGACGGACACGAUCUUGAUUUCCACCUCAAGCAGCACAAAACUAUCCCGGAGAGGGAAGCACGAAGCAUCAUAAUGCAGGUCACCUCAGCACUCAAAUAUCUUAAUGAAAUCAAGCCUCCGAUCAUACAUUACGAUCUCAAACCAGGAAACAUCCUUCUUACCGGGGACCAUGUUAUCAGCGGUGAUAUUAAGAUAACAGAUUUUGGACUCUCUAAGAUAAUGGACGAGGAUAGUUAUAAUCCACAGGAGGGUAUGGAUCUAACCAGCCAAGGGGCGGGCACCUAUUGGUACCUCCCUCCAGAGUGCUUUGUUGUCGGAAAGGCUCCGCCCAAAAUUUCCUCUAAAGUGGACGUGUGGUCCGUUGGUGUUAUAUUUUACCAGUGCUUGUACGGGAAAAAACCGUUUGGACAUAAUCAAUCUCAGGCCACUAUCCUAGAGGAAAAUACCAUCCUCAAGGCCACCGAGGUUCAGUUCCCUAACAAACCCACCGUCUCCACGGAGGCCAAGAACUUCAUUCGUAAAUGCCUGUGCUAUAGGAAGGAGGAGAGAAUGGAUGUUAGAAUAAUGUCUUCUGAUCUCUACCUGUGUCCGCCUGUAUCCAAACAACAGCAGAAGAAAGAACAACAACUUCAACAACAGCAGCAGCAACAGCAAGCUGCUCAGCACAACCCACCGUCAUUCUUUCAGCAAGUUUACAGAGAAACAUCUGACAGCUAAUUCCUUUAUUUGUGAUAAGGAGGAGGAGGAGGAUAAGUGAAUGGGAAAGUGAUGAAGGUGUCUCAGAAAAGUUAUCGAAAAAAACCUGUCUGUUAACAGAACACGGAAAGAUUAGCAGUAUUUAUCAGUCUUUUGUUAAAGAUUUAAAUCGGUAAAAUUGGUUUCUAAAUUACGAAAAGUUGCUGAGACACCUUAAUAUACAUAUUCACGAAGUGGCCAAUAUGUUGUAUAAAUAUAUUCGGCUAAACACUUAGUUUGGCCGCUAGACAAUGUUUUGGACUCUGUCAAGAACACAGUAACAGGACUUCUCCCGAACUCGAAAUAUUUUAUUCUUUAAAAAAUUAAAUAAGUUAAGUUAACUUGAAAAAAAACGUUCCAAACUUCAGAAAAUUCUCCUUAACUUUCUGAAUUUUUAAUACUUGCAUUUUGUGUAUAAAAAAGAAACCCUGUCAGGAGGUUUGAUAAAAUGAACUCCGGUCUAUGAAUACAUGAGUUCAGAAUUGUGAUCCAUGGUUCCCGAACUAAAUAAAUCGUUAUUCCUUUA